CAUCCAAGAUGGCGCCCCCAGGAGCUGGGAGCGGGUGACCGGCGGCGGGGAAGCGGCCUGGGUUGGCCCUCUGAUUGCGGGGUCUUGGGGGCAUCUGGCCGAUACCCCCCUGGCCCGCCUACAAGGCCUUCCCCGGGCCAGAGCAAUGGCCGCCGAGAACAGCAAGCAGUUUUGGAAGAGAAGCGCUAAGCUGCCGGGAAGCAUCCAACCUGUGUAUGGAGCACAGCACCCUCCUCUGGACCCUCGGCUCACCAAAAACUUCAUUAAAGAACGAUCAAAAGUCAACGCAGUUCCUCUAAAGAAUAAGAAGGCCUCCAGUUUUCAUGAGUUUGCCCGGAACACCAGUGAUGCUUGGGACAUUGGUGAUGAUGAAGAAGAGGACUUUUCCUCCCCUUCUUUCCAAACUCUGAACUCAAAAGUUGCUUUGGCAACUGCAGCCCAAGUCCUGGAAAACCACAGCAAGCUGAGGGUGAAACCAGAACGGUCCCAGUCAGCAACAUCCGACGUCCCUGCCAGCUACAAGGUCAUAAAGUCCAGCAGUGACGCCCAGUUGUCCAGAAAUUCCAGUGAUACAUGCCUGAGGAACCCACUCCACAAACAGCAGUCACUCCCUCUCCGACCCAUCAUCCCCCUGGUUGCCCGGAUCUCAGACCAGAAUGCCUCUGGGGCACCCCCGAUGACUGUCCGGGAGAAAACCCGCCUAGAAAAAUUCCGUCAGCUUCUCUCCAGCCACAACACUGACUUAGAUGAACUGAGGAAGUGCAGCUGGCCCGGGGUUCCCAGGGAGGUUCGACCUGUAACCUGGAGACUUCUGUCGGGCUAUCUCCCAGCAAACACUGAGAGGAGGAAGUUAACCCUGCAGAGGAAGCGGGAGGAAUAUUUUGGCUUCAUUGAGCAGUAUUAUGACUCUCGAAAUGAAGAACAUCACCAGGAUACGUACAGACAGAUUCACAUUGACAUUCCAAGGACGAAUCCUCUCAUUCCAUUGUUCCAGCAACCACUCGUACAGGAGGUCUUCGAAAGAAUCCUAUUUAUUUGGGCCAUCCGACACCCUGCCAGUGGGUAUGUCCAGGGAAUUAAUGACCUGGUCACUCCGUUCUUUGUCGUCUUCCUCUCAGAAUAUGUGGAAGAGGAUGUGGAGAACUUUGACGUGACCAAUUUAUCUCAGGACAUGCUGCGAAGCAUUGAAGCUGACAGCUUUUGGUGCAUGAGCAAGCUGCUGGAUGGCAUCCAGGAUAACUACACCUUUGCACAACCAGGGAUCCAGAAGAAGGUCAAAGCACUGGAAGAGCUUGUCAGCCGGAUUGAUGAGUCCAGUCCCCUAGGUUUGUCCUUGGGGCCAAUGGCACUUCCUGUUUCAGAGCAGGUGCAUAAUCACUUCAGGAGGUACGAGGUCGAAUACCUACAGUUCGCCUUCCGUUGGAUGAACAACCUGCUUAUGCGGGAACUUCCCCUUCGCUGCACCAUCCGCCUCUGGGACACAUACCAGUCGGAACCAGAAGGGUUCUCCCACUUCCAUCUCUAUGUGUGCGCAGCCUUCUUGAUCAAGUGGAGGAAAGAGAUCUUGGAUGAGGAGGACUUCCAGGGUCUCCUUAUGCUGCUACAAAACCUACCUACGAUACACUGGGGCAAUGAAGAGAUCGGGCUGCUUCUCGCCGAGGCGUACAGACUCAAGUACAUGUUUGCCGAUGCCCCCAAUCACUACCGUCGAUAGGUGCUGUCUCCCCGUGGGGACCCAGACUGCCCCCCAUCUCUGAUGGCAAUCUGAUCACUGUGGCUACUGUGCGAGCCGUGGACUCCGGCCAGGAACCACUCCUGCUGUAAAAAGCUCACAUCCGCCACCCAGGUCUUAACUUUAUGGCACACCUAUCUACACUCCACGUCUCUGGAUGUGUCUCUUGGACCACAUCAGUAUUCCAUGACGUAGAUGGGCCCAGCUCUGGGAGAGGACAGAAAAGGAGGUACAGGGUUGUCUGCCCCUUUAAAAGGAACUGGACAAAAGAAGGGGAAGGCUCAGGGUCUCACCUCACACACCAUCCCUACAUGGACUGGCUGUCCCAGCCCCAACUGAGGCCGUUGCUCUUUGUGACAUUGUUUAUUUGAUCACAGGUCAAAAACGCCUUAUGUUUCAAAAAGCCCCUGACCCCUCUCCCCAGCUCCUAGCCCUUCCCCUUCUGCCCUAGUCUGAGCCAGUGAGGGGCAGCUCUUUCAGACCAUGGUUCUCAGAUGGAAGAGGCACUGAUGCUUAUAACGCUGGGAAGAGGCCUGCAUCCAAGGGCUAGGAAUUUUAUUUUCCCUGUUCUCACAGACAUUUGUACGUGUGCUGCAUCUGUGCGUGUGGGUGUGCAUACCCAUCAGUGUUUAGUUACAGGUCUGAAUUUGUGUGUCUAGACUAGCCCCUCAUAACCAGCGGGGAAGGGCCCCAGUGACCAAGUACACAAGCAUCCCUUGAGAAGGAUCAGGACAGGGGAGGGAGAAGGGGCUUUUUACCUAUCCAAACCCUUUUUCCAUGAUGACCCACUCCAAGAUAUUAUGUGUAAAUUGUGUUAUUAUGUAUAUGGGUACAGAUGUACAAAUAUAUGUCCUCUUUGUAGCAGAUAUGGUUUUAUAUUUAUAAUGUGCAACAUGUGAAAGCAAUCUAGGUCACUAGCACAGAUGAAAUUGCCAGGCAGGCAGCUGCAGAGCCUCCGGGUUGGUUUCUGGGGGCCCUGCUGUGAGGGGGCAGUGAGCGGCGGCUGCAGGAGCCAGCGCAGCUGCCCUGGGCAGGUGGAGCAGGCGGAGCGGCUUUGAAAAACGGCUGAGCUGCGCAAGCAUCAGUGUCUCAGAGAUCUCCUGUCCUCCCCUCCCGACUCCUCCCUCCCCUGGCCUUUGUGGAGCCUCUCCCUGCCCCUUCCCCCUGCUCAGCCAGCAGAGCUCCCCACCCUUCACUCCUAGCAACCCUCCAAAAGAGGACUACAGAGGCAGAACCCCUCUGCAUGUUUUUAGCCCCUGUCUUUCUCCCGAGUCUGGGGAGGGCUUUUGUUUUUGCGUUUCUAAGUCAGCAUUGUAUUCAAGACAGAAGCUGUGACUGACUCAUCAGUGCCAAGGAAAGGGGUUCCCUGUGUGUCCUGGGGUUUGGGGCUCUUCUCAGAGAGAGGCAGCCUGUGUCCCCGGCUGUCGCCAUCACACCCCACACAGCUCAUGAGAUGUGUGACCCAUGUUCAAAUUUCGGUGUUUGGUAGUAGACAGGUGUGUGUGUGUUUGGGAGUGGGGGUGGCAAGCAGCCACCAUCCUCUUAGAAAGCCUGGCAGUGUCCUCAGUGGGUGACAGCCUUGAGUCUCUGCCAGGGAAGCCCCACCAGCCUGGCCUGUUCCAUUUCUCACCUGGAGCUGUUUCUCAGGCAUCCUUCCUAACCCUCUUUCUCUUCCCCUUCAGUGUGCCUCAAUAGUCUCCUUCACAGAGCAGGGGGGCUGUGACCUUCCCUCAACCGGACUAAUUAAAGAAAGACACUUGUGUUCCCAAGUGGUGGUUUUAUUUUUUUAGUUUUUAUGUUUGUAUGGGAAAUUGUGGAUAAAGUGAAAGAACUGUAAAUAAAUAGUGUACUUCCUCCUCCA